GAAAUGGCUGCUCCUGCUGCCGAGACCGUCUUCUCCAAGGCGCAUGACGACUACGGAACAGCCACCCCGCCCGAGCUGGCCGAGGUCAACGUCGGCAGCGACGACGGGGUCUCCGAGUCCGAAGCCGUGCAGGCCGGGCUAAGCCGGCUCGAGGCCAAGAACGUGCACUGGUACUCGUACCUGCUGACGGUGGACUUCUGGGUGCUGAUCGCCAUCGGCCAGGUGCUGUCGCUGUGCAUCACGGGCACCAACACCUUCACCACCUUCCUGGCCAACCUGGGCACCAACAUCCCGGCCUUCCAGACCCUCUUCAACUACGUGCUGCUGUCGCUGGUCUACGUGCCGCUGUCGUUGUACUGGCACGGCCCGCAAAAGUACCUCGCCGUCGUGUGGCGCGACGGCUGGAAGUACUUCAUCCUCAGCUUCAUCGACGUCGAGGGCAACUACUUCACCGUGCUGGCAUACCGCUACACCAACAUCCUGUCGGCGCAGCUGCUCAACUUCUGGAGCAUCGUGUGCGUGGUGGCCAUCUCGCUGGCGCUGCUACGCGUGCGCUAUAAGCUGGCGCAGUACGCCGGCAUCGUCAUCUGCUGCGGCGGCAUGGGCCUGCUGCUGGCCUCGGACCACAUGACGGGCGUCAACGGCGGGCCCGGCGCCAAUAUGCUCAAGGGCGACCUGUUCGGCCUGCUGGGCGCGUCGCUUUACGGCGUCAGCAACGUCUUCGAAGAGUGGUUCGUAAGCAAGCGGCCCAUGUACGAGGUGCUGUCGUUCCUCGGCGUCUUCGGCGUGCUCAUCAACGGCGUGCAGGCCGCCAUUUUCGACAGGGAGUCGUUCCAGACCGCCGUCUGGACCCCCGACGUCGGCGGGUACCUGGUGGGCUACACGCUCGCCUUGUUCAUCUUCUACUCGCUCGCCCCGCUGAUGCUGCGUAUGGGCAGCGCCGCCUUUUUUGAUAUCAGCCUGUUGACGGCCAACUUCUGGGGCGUCAUCAUCGGCACCGGCGUCUUCGGGUACACGGUCCACUUCCUCUACCCCAUCGCUUUUGUGCUCAUCGUCGUCGGCCUCGUCGUCUACUUCCUAGCGGGAAGCGUCCUAGGUGACUCCAAGAAGCCCUGGCUCGGCGAUAGCCAGGCCGAUGGCGUCGCCGGCUUCGGCACCGCCAAGCUCAAGGCGCUGAACGUGGCCCGGAAGCAGAAACUGGCCGGCCAGGCGCAGGGGCAGGCUUGA